AUGUGCCGAGGUCAUAUUUUGAAUGCUUUGGGGUUGAACGUUUACAAUGCUCAUCGUACUUAUGGAACUGCGAAGGACCUAUGGACUGCACUGGAGAACAAAUACAAGAUUUCUGAGGCCAGUAACAAGAAGUUCCUGAUUUGCAACUUUAUGGAUUGGAAAAUGGUUGACAGUAAGUCUAUCAUUGACCAGAUCAGUGAUCUUUUGCUUAUUGUUAAUCAUCUUAAAGAUGCUGGUAUUGAUCUUGUAAGUUCAUUCAUUGUUGGGGUUAUUAUUUCUCGUCUCCCCCCUUCAUGGAAUAGUUACAAGAAGGAACUGAAGCAUGCUGAAACUGACUAUGACUUAGAAGGCUUGCAGUGUCAUCUUCGCAUUGAAGAAGAUGCUCGUAAGCGUGAGACUAAGGAUAGUCAGCAAACUGAAAAUCAUUCUAAGAUUAAUAAUGUGCAAGAAUCGGAAACUUCAAAUUCUUUGAAAGUUCAGAAUGAUUCUCAGUUUAAGAAGCAAUAUCCAAACAAGAAUGGUAAGAAGAAGGGCCCUUGUUACUUCUCUAAGAAACCCGACCAUAUUGCUCGUGACUGUCGUCAAAAGAAGAAACAAAUGAAUAAGGAAGCAAAUAUGGUCGAUGAUUCUAAACUUGUCAUUGUUGUGCAAGAGGCCAAUACUGUUGCAGAUCAUGGAAGUGGAUGGUGGUACGAUACUGGUGCAACCAUUCAUAUCUGUAAAUACCGAAAUCUUUACAAGACAUAUGAGCAUGUUGUCGGAGAAGAUGUGAUUUAUGCAAAUCGUCUUCCUAGUAAAGUACAUGGCAAAGGCACUGUUGAACUCAAGUUUACUUCUAGAAAGAUUGUUACCCUUACCAAUGUAUUACAUGUCCCAUACAUAUGUAAAAACCUUGUUUCUAGAGUCCUUGUUAACAAGGCAGGUUUCGAGGUUAAGUUUGGAUCUGAUAAGUUUGUACUGUCCAAAAACGUAAAUGAUAUUGGUGAUUUGAAAAGUCAUGUUACUCAUGGUGGACACAAAUAUUAUGUCAUUUUUAUUGAGAAUAGUACUAUAUAUUCCUAUACUUACUUGAUGAAAUCUAAGGAUGAAGUCGUUGAUAAAUUUAGAAUUUACAAAGCCGAAGUAAAAACACAAUUAGAACAGAAAAUUAAAGUGUUACGUUCUGAUCGUGGUGGUGAAUAUUAUCCUACUGAAUUUACUGUAUUUUGUCAAGAGCAUGGUUUAAUACAUGAAUUUACUGCACCAUAUACACCUCAACAAAAUGGUAUUGCUGAAAGAAAUAAUAGGACUUUGAUUGACAUGGUUAAUGCUAUACUUAUUAGUUCUGGUUUGCUAAAUUCUUUGUGGGGUGAAGCCAUGUUAUCUGCAUGCUAUAUUUUGAAUAGAGUACCUUUGAAAAAGAAGAAAGUUUCCCCUUAUGAACUGUGGCUUAAGAGAAAACCUAAUUUGAAAAGACUUAAAGCAUGGGGUUGCCUAGCGUAUGUUAGAAAGCCUGAUCCUAAAGGACCAAAGCUAGGAAAUAGGGCCUAUAAAUGUGUUUUUGUUGGAUACUCUCUUAAUAGUAUUACCUACAGAUGUUUAAUCCUUGAUACUUUUGAGAUUAUAGAAUCUGUGAAAGUGGAAUUUUUUGAAAGCAUGACAAGGACAAUUCCUACUGAAGAUAUUGAACUUAGAAAAAGUAAGAGAGGAAGAAUAGAGAAAAAUCCUGAACCAGAAUUCAAAUACUAUCUUGUAGAGGGUGAUAAGAAUGAAAUUCUUAGCACUACCAUGUAUAAUAUGCAUGAUGAAGGUGAUCCUAAAACCUAUGCUGAGGCAAUAAGCUCCAGAGAUGCUAAUUUCUGGAAAGAAGCUAUCAAUGAUGAAAAGCAUUCCCAUUUGACAAAUGGAACUUGA